AUGGGUUUAGGACGAUCAGUCAAACAUGAAUGGGCAAUGCUGCGGAAUUUGGCCUCAUCCUUAAUAAAAAAUGAGUCCAUCAUUACGACCAAGGCACGUGCUAAAAAAACUCAAGCGCUGGUGGAAAACUUGAUCACGAAGGCCAAGAAGAACUACGACAAGUCGCUCAUUUUGGCUGAUAUAUUUGAACCUAAUGUCACAAUUCCAAAGUUGUAUAAUGUUCUCAAACCAAGAUACCAAAGUAGAGCUGGUGGCUACACCAGAAUACUAAACCUAGAACCAAGAAUGAACGACAAGGCUCCCCAGGUUAUAAUGGAACUAGUGGACAACACUCAAAGGGAGAUGAAAUUGUGGUACACUGCCAAGAUAGUGGCCAGAUUGGAGCUACAGAAUAUCGCAAUUAAUCCUUUGACUCAAAAGAACGUUGACAAGUUGCUACAUAACAGAGAAAACGGUGAGGAAAAAUUCCGUGAAAUUGUUGAAAUUUGUAAGAAGGAGUUUUACUCGGACCCCAAGAGUUUGGAGAACCUACCUAGAAUGAGGAAUGACAUAAACACUUUCAAGAAGAGAGAUCAUCCAUACAAGAUUGUUCCAAGACCGGUUAAACGUAACAACGCUACUGUUUCUACAAGCUCUUAA